AUGUCAACACAGGUUCAGGCUGCCACCUUGGCAGGCGUCACGGCAGACCCAACCGGCCCCCCAACUCCCACUCCAAACAUUGACGAUGCGGCACCGCCAGGGCAAGUGAUUGUCGUACGCGAUCUCGCUCACAUCGAGAGCCUUGCUCGUGCCGAUAUGCUUGGCACUGGUGGGCGAUCAGGCGCCCUGGCGGACACCCCCCUGCAGGCCAUGAAGUACGAGAUUAGCAAUAUGCCUAUUGGAGACAUUAUCGAGAUGGUGGCAGCUCUUCUCACCAAAAUCACGACAACCAACGACUUGCAACACGACGCUCUACACCGGAACGCCGCACACCAGCAAACCGCAGCCAGCCACAACAAUGACGGAGCAUCGAUGAGUCCGCUGAGCAGCUCUGUCCUGGCUUUCCACGGCAAGAACGUUCCCGCCAUCACCAUACUGAGCUACCUCAGCCGCAUUCACAAAUACUGCCCGACGACAUAUGAGGUCUUUUUGAGCCUCCUCGUCUAUUUUGACAGGAUGACAGAGAGAGUCAACCAAAUGGUUAUGCAAGCAGAGGAAGGCCGAAGGCAGUCGCAAAGCCAGCCAUCGCACAACAUAUCAAACUCUGCAGCACCGCCGUCCGAUGCUGAAAUGCGGGACAGGUGCAGCGAGGACGAUGAUGAGACCGACUCGGAUCUCGCUGACGAUGAGGGCGAGGCCAAGACCACGAAUCAGGCAAGCCCGGCUUCUCAGCCAGUUCCUGCGGCUCAUUCCUCACUUGCAACAUACUUUGUGGUGGACAGCUUCAACAUCCACCGCCUCAUAAUUGCUGGCGUCACAUGUGCGAGCAAGUUCUUCUCUGACGUCUUUUACACAAACUCCCGCUAUGCUAAGGUCGGCGGGCUUCCCCUGGCGGAGCUCAACCAUCUGGAGCUUCAGUUCCUUGUGCUCAACGAUUUUCGGCUUGCUGUCCCCGUUGAGGACCUCGAGGCUUAUGCCACAAUGCUCGUCGAGUUCUACGCCCGUGAGGUAGUUGGAUCGCGAGCGUCUGGCCAGGGAGAGGAAUGA